AUGGGCCAAACAGCCUCCGAGCUAUCGCAAUAUGUGCGCAUCCUCGCCUCUCGCGAUCAAGGCGUUGGCGCCACGGCGAUCAACAUCGAAACCAUAGAGCCCGCACAGCGCUAUACUAUGGUGGCACUGCUGGGCUGCGCGCUGUGGAACAGCCUCGAGAUGCUCCCGAUUAUCCUGUUGACUUUCAAACGAUACUCUGGUCUGUAUUUUUGGAGUAUGAUAUUUUCCACGCUAGGAGUUGUCUUGUCUGCGAUCGGCUUCAUCUUUCUCGUCUUCGACAUAGGUGCAGGGAACAGAGUUCAACCAGCCUUCAUGGCAGCCUUCGGAUGGGUGCCUAUGGUCAGUGGCCAGAGUCUGGUGCUCUUCAGUCGGCUUCAUCUACUUCGGCUGUCGAGGACCUUGAGGAAGUGGAUCCUCGUCAUGAUCAUCUUCACCAUCAUCUUUGUGCAGAUUCCAACUUUGACUCUUACGGUUGGCAGCCAAAGUAAUCAUCCUGGCCAACAAGCAUGGGUCAGACCCUAUCAGAUCGUCGAAAGGAUACAGGUGGUUGUUUUCUUUAUCCAGGAAGUCAUCCUCAGCUCGCUGUACUUGUGGAGGUGCUUCAAAUUCCUCGUGGCCCGCAACGGUAAUGAGACCGGCUUCAGCAGCGACAGGGCCCGAUGGGACGUCCAGAAGAUGUUCAUCCAUCUCCUCAUCGUCAACGUCAUUGUCAUCGCCCUCGACGUUACGAUCAUCGCUCUACAGUACUCUGGCCUCUUUUUGGUCCAAAUCAGCUACAAGCCUUUCGCCUACAGCGUAAAGCUCAAGAUUGAGGCCAACAUCCUGACGCAGCUGGUCGAUUUCGUCAAAGCCAGGCACAGGCACGGCACAUUCACGCUGACGCCCGAAGCUCAACAGGAGUGGGACGACACCCUGGACAGGGUGUUUGGCACGGUAGAGAACCUCAAGAAUGAGGCCGAAUACCACCAGGGGGGCAGGACUGACCCGGGGACGACUGCGAAGCAUACGGGCUCGGGCUCAAGCGCGACGCACGCGGGCGCCGAAGUGAGAGAGAUACAUGAGGAGGCCGUCGUUUAUCCGGCAAGGUAUACGCAAGGCAAUCCCGAGGCUCCCUUUGUUCGUUGGUGGCACCCGGAAGAGGUGAGGGAGGUCUAUAGUCGGAGGCAAUCUCAACGGCCGCCAGAAAACGUGUAUAAUAAUUGA